AUGUCCGGUAUACUGCAGAACAGUCUUGGCUCUAAACAUGCGUUGGCAUGGCAACCGGAGGCCCUCCACCAUCUGCAACAGCACGGUGCAGCGAUGACUACCAAUGCGCAACUACUUGCUCGGAGAUACAGCGAUUGGCGGUCUCAGCUCGAGCGGUUGGUAGACACAUCAUCCGAAAGGGAUGGCCAAGACCCCGCAACUACACAGCAAACGGUACUGCCUGAAGGGUCUUCAGACGGAAUAUUAGCUAGCGAUAGAACAGUCGAUGCUGAAACGCUUCAAUUGAACGGGGCAGAAGGAUCGGACAAUUCACCACUGGAGAGGGAUGAAAACGUUAAUGUGAGGGGAACACUUGCAGACAUACUCACAGAAGGCGUUGCUCAGAUGCAGCAAAUGCACGCGCAGGUGACGCACCUCACGGCGGCGCAUGUCUGUCUGGGUCAUCCGAUGAAGUCGUCAGUUGCUG